GGCGGCAGCGGCGACGACGGUGGAAGACAGGGGCAGUCAGAGACGGAGGCUCGGCCAUGAACUGGCCCGGGACGGCGGCGGCGGACCUGGUGGCGGUCUCCUCGUUGAGUCCCCCCUGCUAACGGGACAGAUUUGGACAUGGCAGGGAGGCAUCAGAAUCGUAGUUUUCCUCUUCCAGGAAUUCAUUCAAGUGCUCAAGUACAUACAUUUGGAAAUUGUACAGACAGUGAUAUGCUGGAGGAAGAUGCUGAAGUGUAUGAGCUUCGAUCCCGAGGAAAAGAAAAAAUCCGAAGAAGUACAUCAAAAGAUAGACUUGAUGACAUUAUAGUGUUAACAAAAGAUAUACAGGAAGGAGACACUUUAAAUGCAAUAGCCCUUCAGUACUGUUGUACGGUAGCAGAUAUCAAGAGGGUUAACAAUCUCAUCAGUGAUCAAGACUUUUUUGCCCUUAGGUCUAUCAAAAUUCCAGUAAAAAAGUUUAGUUCAUUGACUGAAACACUUUAUCCUCCAAAAGGAAGACCGGCUUCACGUCCUUCUCCUGUUCAAUACCUUCCAGAACAGGAAGUUUUGUCAGCUAAUGACUCUCUUUCUUCCACUGAGUCAGCUGGUAGCUUUCUAAAAGAAGUAGACCGGGACAUCGAACAAAUAGUAAAAUGUACAGACACCAAAAGAGAGAACCUUAAUGAGGUGGUGUCUGCCUUGACAGCACAACAGGUCCGUUUUGAACCUGAUAACAAAAACAUUCAACGGAAGGAUCCUUACUAUGGAGCAGACUGGGGAAUAGGGUGGUGGACAGCUGUAGUGAUAAUGUUGAUAGUAGGCAUAAUAACACCAGUGUUUUAUUUGCUGUAUUAUGAAAUUUUAGCUAAGGUGGAUGUCAGUCACCAUUCAACAGUGGAUUCUUCACAUUUGCAUUCAGGAGUCACACCCCCAUCACAGCAGAGAGAAAUGGAAAAUGGAAUUGCUCCAACUAAAGGAAUACCCUUUGGUGCACAAGAUGAUCAUAAACUAUAUAGUCAAGAUUCUCAGUUACCUGCUGCUCAACACAAAACAUAGCAGUUGGUUCACAGUUACAGUGUUCGAAUCACAUGUGCAUUUGGAAUGUGGUGAAUCAGUUCGUCAGUAACCACUUCAAAGGCAGAAUUUGGAGAGACUGAAGAUGCUUUGUUUUUCACCUUUUGUUGUUAUUUGGAGCCACUUACAAAUGGGUUGAGUAUAGAAUCCCUACAGUUGCUAGUUGUUGAUAUUAAAAGCAGUGAAUCUGUGUUAACUGUUAUAUCAAUGCUUAAAGCAGAAAUGAAUUUGAUUAUGUGUCUAGGAAGUUCUUGAAAAAUGCAUCAUUUUUCUUAGUCAAGACUGGUUAUGUUUAAAUUUUACUUUUUAAGUAUUUUUGUUUUGAGGUUAUUAGUAAUAAAUUUAAGCAAAUAAUGAUAGCAUCAGAUGUCUGCAGCUGAGGAAAAUUUUAAUACUGAACCAUCAAGAUGUUCAGUUGCAAGAAAGUCUGAUUCUAAAAUUAUUUGAUAGCACUUAAAAUUCUAUUUUGAAAUAAAAAAAAACACAUUUAGUUCAUACACUAUGAAAGCAUAAAUAGAACAGAAAUGGGAAAGUUAUCUAUAAUGUCUGUAAUAGAGGGUGAGAUAUAUUAUUAACCCCCCCAAAUAAUGUGUUACUGUUGGGAAGUUACCGUUUGGUCACUAGAACACUGGAUUAUGUCAGGACAUAAAGUUUAU